UCUGUUUCAGUUUUAGUUUCAGUUUCAGUUCAAAACGCCGGUUGGCGGCGGACGCGCUCGCGCUCCUCAAAAAAUCAAAUCGGAAAACCGAACCCCCUCCCAACAAGCGCACAAGCGCAUUCUCUAAUUUUGGCGGUGAAAGUGCAAAUUGCAACAAAAAUGCUAUAAAGCAGUGGGGUUGAGGGGGUCAGGGGUCACGCAGGGAGGAGGGACGAGGGCAUUCGCACUUUUGGCGUUUGGAUGGAACUUUUGGCAAUUGGCUGGCGGUAUUUCUGGAUUAAGCAACGCCAAAUUGUAACAGACGAACGAACAACGACCGACUAUUAACGAUUAAAAUUAAGUCCAAUUGAAGUAGGGGAAAGUGCUUAGGAUUACCAUUGUACCAUUUUCCAACAACAACAGCAACAAUUAGAACAACAAUAGAAGCAACAGCAACUUCUGAGCCAUAAGCGGAUAACAAGUGUUGUUGAAAAUUUUUUCCAAAUAUUUUUUAUCAACAAUAUUUUUUGAAAAACUUUCAAAGAAACACCCGUGUAAGAAGCGAAUAGCAAAGAAGAGAGCUUCCAGGCAAACAAAAGUCAGCCAAGAAGGAAGUGAAAGCUAAAGUCAAGCUAAAAAGGAGAAAGGAAUAAAACGAAGUUUAUACAGCAACAGGAAGAAGCAGUCCCAGAAAGAGAUACAAAAUGGCCGCCGUACAACGGAAACUGGUGCACAAGCAGUUCAACUCGCCCAUGGGCCUCUAUUCCCAGGAGAACGUGAAGGCCACGUUGGACCGCGAGCUGAAGGCCUUCGGCGCCGAGGGGAUUGAAGUCGACGAUCAAAUUUCCAAGCCCCUUAACUUGGCCAACUCGGCCGUUCUGCGCGCCGUCGAAGAGGAAGAGCAGCAGGCCAAAUGCGAAUUUUAUCCUUCCAAUGAAAGACAGAGCCGCCCACGUCAGCGCGGCGAGGCGGAUGCACUGCAUCAUACUCUACACCAUCAGCUGCUGGACCAAAUCAAGACACACUACCUCAGCCACCAGCAGGAUGUGACCAUCGACAGGGAUACGGUUCUCAAAAUCAACCGACUUGCGACCAAGAAACAUCUGCUGAAAAGGGACCACAGUUGGCCACCGGCUGAGCAGGCUCCAGCGGCAUCCAAUCAGGAUCAAGCUCAUUCAGCAUCCUCCUAUCCCUCGCACAGUAUUGAGGCUUUGAGGGAGAAGUUCCAGAGUCCCACCAUGAUAAUUGAGCCGACUGCCAAGGAGGUUCGGGAGCAGAGGCAAAGGGAGGGAGGACAGUCCAAGGAAAGAUCCAAGACUCCACAAAAGGUAACCGAGAUUGCGGAGGUAUUCCAUCAAACACCAGUCGCCAAGGGCUUCUCCGCUCCCGAGACCAAGGCUGCGGAUGUGGACUUGGGACUGGUGGCGCCCAGGUGCGAGUACUACGAGCAGCUGGCCCACAGACGACCCACAACGCCAACCUUGCCUACACCCACUCCCUACCGGCCGCGGCCCAAGAGGCAGGCCUACUCCCUGGAUCGAGGACGUAGCCGGAGACGAAUUCCUGCUGCAGCAGUGGGUGCUCCGGAACUGCCGCCGCCGAAACCACGUUCCUCGAAACCGAAAGUGCAACGCCGUUGCAUCAAACUGGCCACCGAGGUGAAGAUCUCCUACGGACACGAGGGUGACAGCGAGGGCGAGGAGGAGGCUGGCCCUAGGGAGGAGGUGGACUUGGAAACGGUGCCACUGCCACCACCGCCAGCUGCUGGGAAUCUCAAUCAGGCGAAGACAGGCCAAGACAGAAGUGUAAUUGACAGUCUGGCGGCGGUUAAGCAGCAGCAGCAGAUGGCUCUGGCCCUGGCCCGCAACGGGAGCAUUAGCACCUUUGGCCAACCCAGCCAGGUAGCCACUCGCAUUGUGCCCGUUCGCGUGGAAGCCUCGUCCGAUCACCUGAAGCUGAGCGCCCAGCAGAUCUACGACGACGCCUGCUCGUAUUUGCAGGAUCACCGCCGGCAGGAGAUGGCGGAGGAGGAACCGACCUAUGUAAGUGCCACCAGUGGGAUCAAGUUGCUCCAGCGGCAGGGCAGUACUCCUGGUACCCCUACAACUCCUGCGACGCCACCACCACCUCCACCUCUAAUGCGUGCCAAAUCUGGCGAGGAAUCUGAAAACAAAGCGAAGCAAUCCAGGAGGCAGGGCGGAGUCUAUAGCCUGGGUACGGAAUCAGAGACAGAAGCAGAGAAGCAACACGAGGCCCAUGUGGAGAUAGCCCAAUUGGAGGCCAAAUACGCCCACAUUCAGCAGUCCAUUGCGGAGCAUCUGCGUCAAAUCGAUGCUUACAUGAUAAAUGCCAAGCAGGCGCUGGAGAGGAGUGUCCAAACCACGCCAGUGCCCACUACUACACCACCCCCGCCACCACCACCACCUCCUCCUCCUCCGGCGCCAGCCAGACCCAUUAGCUCCGGCAACAACGAAUCCUGGGACAUCUUUGCCCAUCGGCAGUCGCCCAUUCUGACCAUGGAGAGUCCCUUACAGGCCAUCCUUCGCCAGAUAUACACCCGGGCAGCUGGACUUCCCCUUGGCGGACCCAAAGAGGCAGCUCCAGUCGAAGAGCCAGAGGAGUCUCUUACCGAGAACGUGCCCAUAGUGGAAAGAGCCCUGGAGGACCUGCACAAGAUUGCCCAGGCUCUGGAGGGCAAGCCCAGAAAGGAGAAGAAGGAAGUGGACCACAUAGAGGUCCGGUCCACACCAGCUGCCGUUCAGGCACAGCACGUAGUCAUCGAGGACGAUGAUGGGGAGUACAGGCACGUAUCGGAUGUAAUUGCCAACUACGAGCAGUUGGCCAAAAAAGAGUUUGAGGAGUGGAAGGAGGAGCAAGUGGCGAGGAAGGAGUCAAAAGAUGUUAAGCAGGAACUCAAGGAAAGUGAAAACAAGCUGCAGGCCAAACAGGAUUUAAAGUCUAAGGUAGAACUCCAAAGAGAACCAGAAGAACCUGCGGGCACAACCGAAACGGAUCAUCUAGAACCUUCCUGUGCCCACGACUCCUUUUCUGCCGCCUGCUGUCCUGUUUGCGAUGAACUCCGCGGAUCCCCCAACAACUGGGGUAAACUAACCAAGGCCGAUCAGUGGAGAAUUGCCAAUUUGCACAACGAGCCUCUGGAGAACUACAAGGCCACAUAUGAAAUACGUAGUCCCUACAUUUCCAGACAAAUAUCCUGGGAGGAGACCCAAACGGCUCCAGUGGAGAAGUUGCAACGACAGCGGAGCUUAGUGGAGAUUGUGACGACGCCGGCUUCGGAUUCGCCUCCUCCAACGCCCACCCCGGCGCCACCUCCACCGCCUCCGCCGCCACCGAUGCCACCAGCGCGCCUAAAGCUCCAGGAACCUGAAGUCACCUGGGAGCGAAGUCGCUCGCCCAGCCCUCUCCCCUCGCGCAAAUAUCCAGCACCGCUCAUAGAAGCCCCACAAAGGGCCAGUUCCCCAUUUGGUCUGAAUCCUGUGACGGCCAAGGCCUCUCCACCAUCGCCCGUCAAUCUUCCCCAGAAAUACAGCCAUGUGCCGCAACUGGAGGGUCACAAUAUAGGGUUACUGGUGAAGACCGCUACGGAGCCACUGCAGCAGAGCAUGUCGGCAUCUUCCUUCCUGCUGGCAUCUACACCGCCGGCCACUCCCACGCGUCCUGUGGCCCAGCCGUCGCCUUUUGACUUCCCAGCUCAGGACUCGGAGGCAGACAAGUUCAGGUCGCUGGCUUCGUUUGACGAAGUGCAGCAGCAGCAGGGUAACAAGGACUUUAACUACAAUAGAUCCUUUGAUAAUGUGUCGCCACGCCCCUAUCUGGGCAUCGAAGGCUACAAGCGAGUGGCCUGGCCACCGGCCUCCGAGGAGCGGAUCAUCCGCGAGUUCACCCCCCAGCCGGCCACCCAGAGCCCGGCCCCGGGAUCCGGAGGCUACUAUCCGCAAUCGGUCGCUGCUCCGCCCAGCCAUGCUGCUGCAGCCCCACCCCAGUCCAACUAUCCGCAGCAGGAACCGCUGCAGGCCGGGAGCAAUGUGGGCGGUGGCUGGAAGCAUAUCGGUGCCCCUCAACCCAAGAACCACAACGAGUUUACGGUCCCUGGAUCGGGAUCAGGAGUGGGAUCCCUGCCACAGCAGCAGUACCAGCAGCAGCCAAACUACCAACAGCAGCAGCAGCAGCAAUACGGUGCUCCAUCCUACGGUGGCUACCAGCAACAGUCUGCCCCACAGCAGCCUGCUCCACAGUGGCAGCAACAGCAGCAGCAGGUGCCUCAGCAGCAAUACCAGCCGCAACCCCAGGCACAGGCUCCCUACCAGCAGCCACAGUGGAACCAGCCACAACAGCAGCAGCCAUCGUACCAGAGCUCACCGUACCAGCAACAGCCAUCCCAGCAGCAGCCUUCUUACUAUCCCCAGCAAAACGGUGGCUCGACCUUUGCUCAACCACAAUACAAUUCUUAUUCGCAGCCCCAGCAGCAGCAGCAGCCAUCUCAGCUGCCCUAUUCGCAGGAUCAGCCUGAUCUGCAGCAGCAGCCUGGUGCCUUCGCUGGCCAGGAUAGCUACCGUGGCGCCAGCCCAGGGAUCAUCACCCUGCGCAAGGAGGCGCCCGUUACGCAGAAGCCUGCGCCAGUUUAUACUUCGCAGCCAGCCGCCGUCAGCUAUCAGGGAGGCAGCAAAUUGCGCGGAGAUUUGAAAUGGCCACCACCAGAAUACAAGGAGGCCGCAGCUCGUGAGAACGAAGAGCGUCGCCUUUUGGCGUUGGGCCCCGUCUGCCGUCCACGACGAGUCAACAGGGACUAUACUGGCUUCUUUGCCAAGCACCAGCUGAACAAUGCCUAUCCCACCUACAAGGUGCCUCCCGGCACCCAGCACAUGUUCGCCUAAGCUGGACAACAAAGAUCACAAAAGAAAUAAGAGCAACAUAAAUUCAAUGGAACCCACUUCAUAAUAAUACUUACAACGAUCAUGUAUAUGUUACUAAAACGAAACACUAACGAAACUAUAUAUAUACUAUAUAUACAAUUGUUAUACUAAUCUAAAAUGAACACUAACGACGCCAUAUCUAGAAGCAUAUAUAUACUACGAAACGAUUGCCAGGGCCCCAGAGCCCGUGAUAGGUGAAUGCAAUACUACUAAACCCCUGGGUCAUCCCGCUCCCGAGUAUGAGUCAUUCUAAACUGAAUAGGUUAAUGGAUGGACUCUGAACAUGGUACAGAGAGCACCCAUUGCCGCCAAACAUUGAUGAUAUUAUGGCCUGGGGAGUGCGGAGCCCAGAAUCCAGAAAUGGAUAACGAAAUGGCCCUAUGUACCUAUACUAUAUACACAUAUUUGGAGCAUGUGCAUAUAGUAUGGCUAAGAUGGCGGAUCAGAAACUAUAUACUAAAUCAUAGCGUUAGAUUCUAAGAUUGUUAAACAAACACUGUUAACUAGCAAAUGAAACGGAUUACGAUGCGACCCACGACGGAAACUGAUAAUGAGAUUGAACCUUGAUUUAGAUGUAAGCGCACUACUAAACUAUUUAUUCUCAGCCAUAUUCUAUUUACCGCCGAUCCUGUGGAGCUGUCACUCCCUCAAGGUCUAUUAUAGCACUACUUUUUCGAUCUUGGGACGGGGAGAACCACCCACUAACUGUAAAUUGUAUAAUGAUCAGUUCCCUCGGAUCCCAGGACGAAAAACUUGAUCAGCUGAGGAUGGAUGCUUGGAGAGGGACGGCGACCAGGAGUCGGGAUGUUUAUUGUUUGAGUUUGCAUGCUUUUUGCUUUAUUCUAUAUCUUUAUGCAUAAAAUAUAACCACACUAUUGUUAAACAGCAUAUGAAAAAAAAACUGUCAAUUACCCCGAUACUGCAUACAUAGGUGAUAAGUGAUUAGACCGAUAUUAGAUCUGUGAGCAAAAAAAAACCAUUCAGAAGAAUAUUCGGAAGCAACGACCAAGAAGAUCCCACCCACAUCCAGAAUUCUCCUCUCAUGACCAAGGUCGGUGCGAUAGUCCGCCGCACUGCCACCGGGCAACAAUAUGAGGAUGCCGUUGUCUGCGAUCAGAGCAGGCGCGGACUCUGCGCCAGCCUUGGGCCAUGGGUCGGGAUGUGGCCGGGGAGCGGAUCGAGGAAGGGUCAACAACUCUCAGACUUACUACAAAACUUACUAUGACCAGCAAUGUCAACAACUACACUACAAUGUAUGAACUAAAAUGAAAAGAGGAAUCUAAAUAAACGAAAAGUUUUGAAUACUCGCGACGAGAAGAACGAGA